GUUCCAUUUCUGCUUGCAACAGUUGUACAAGAAUGAGGGUUUUAAUUUUGCUCUCAGUGAUACUGGGCACCCAGGCUCAAUUCUUUGGCCCAGGAAUCGACCCAAAUUCCAAUGCCUUCCCAGGAAAUGGUACUGAUGAUGAAAAGUGUGUGCAGUAUGGUGCCUUGAGUUUUGCUGAUUACUGGUGCAAGGAUAGUUUGAAUCGAUGGAAUAGUGCUAUAAUGAGCAACUCACUACAGGAGCAGACCCAGACUGAUUAUUCCAGUAUAGUGACAGAUUCUAUGAGCGAAUCAGAAGCUAAAGAAGCUCUAAUUGAGGCAGUAGUUGAUUAUCUUGAUACAAUGAUUUGUGGAAGAAUGGGAUACUUGGAUUCCACAGAUGGGUCUGUGGCUCCAUAUGCCUCAUAUGCGGCAUGUGUAACUGAUGUAAUGACCGAAGCAAAUAACUGUGAUGAAGAGAAUGCAUCCACUAAAUUAAUGUUGGCCAACUUAAUUGGAAAAGCGGAAUUUGCAUGUAACAGUGAUGGUAGCACAAAAACAGAUGUUAUACGCGAUGUCAUGGCUCAAAUGUACCCAUUUUUCUACCAAAGUAAUACAUAUAACCUGACUACACUUGUUGAGCAAAAAGGGGUUGAAAUGCCAGCAUGUUUCGAAGAUAUGGACACUCUGAUGAAUCAGUUUAUGGAUUGUUAUCCUGACAUUUUCCUAUUUGGUGGGGCAGAUUUCUGGAAUGAUGCUCCUUCAGAAACUGCUAGUGAAAUUAUUCCAAAGAUCAAUAGGGAAGUCAAGAACAUGGCUUUAUGUAUGGGAAACAUAGUCUUACCAGACUCUGAAAGUGGUACGACACUCACAACUGAAGAACUUACUGAAUGCAAAAGCUUUGGAGUGAGCUUGAAGAAAUAUGUAGCAUUGACUUUUCCUGUACAAUAUGGAUUUGUAUCGUUAGACGACUUGGAAAAUACAGCAUAUACACCACGUUCGGUUGAACGAAGAACUCUGAUGUGUUUCGGUGACCCGCAUUGCAAGUUCUAUGAUUCUGAUGGAAGCCAAGGCUCUGAUUGGGUAACAUGUUCUGCACCAGGAAACAAUGUCUGGUUGAAGAAUGCACUGUUCACACUAAACAUGACAACUACUGAAGUUUCUGGCAGCACUGGGAAUCCAAGGCCUACCAUUAUAACUGCGUUCCACAUUUCAUUCAGAUCAUCACUGGGUGCCUAUAUGGGUUCAUAUAGUGCCAGUGCUGGAACCUUACCAACAGCAUUUGAUGGAUCAGGAUCAGAUUUGCUAACAGCACAAGGCGAGGAUGGGACAGAUGAGGUAAUAAAUGUUGUGGACUCACAAUCCAAAAGAGAUCCCAGUGUCAACUAUGUAAAGGUUAAGGGUGUAAAGCAUGGUUUCCUUGCAACAUUUAUCAAACGAAGUGAUAGCUACCCUGUGGUUCUGCUACGAAUCUCUAAAUCACUCCUGGAUGUAUCUUCUGGUAUGUUUGUCACUGGGUGUCCAGAGGAUCAAAUCAUUGGUAACUCAGCAAAGAGACGCAGGCGCAGAAAGCGUCAAGCUAGUUGCGUAGAUGCAUGUAGUGGACAAGGAGAUAGACAAAGCCAAUGUGAAUUGGACUGUGAUAAUCUUGGAGUUGAGUAUGCUCAAGCAGCGUCCAGUUCAGUUGUAGUAGUUGAGGAGGAGGCUGCAGAAGAGGACAGCACCCUGGCUGAUAAUAGUAAUGCGAGGACAACAGCUACAGCUUCUAUGAUACUGAUGGCUUUAGCACUCCUGGUUCAUCUUCACUAGAUCUCUAUGCCAACCACAUCCUUGUAUAAUUCCUGGUGUUCUUCCAUAAGGGAUAUAUAGGGCAAGAUGCAUGGUACAUCAAAGAGAUAGACUAUCUAAAAUCUCAGCACUGUAUUUGAUUGAUUUAAAAUGUUCAUAAUAUUAUGAAAUUGACAGUUUGUCCAUAUCUGAUAAAGACAGGAUACCUUCAGGUACACUUAGACCAAAAAAGAUAUUUCUGGUCAUUUAUACUUCAAAAAAGUAAUAAAUACAUUACAACUAGAAAUAUCUUGAUAAUGAUGAUAGUUCAAAGUGUCAAUUUUGUGCUCAUUGGACAAAAAAUCUCAAUUCAUACUCAUGUUAUGACUUUAUUUAGAAAUUUUAAUAGACGUUAUAUGUAAUCAAAAUCAUAAGCAAUCAACAGUCUGCUGGCAGAUAUUUUUGCACACUUUGCACACAAAAUUAUUGAAAUGUUAGCUUCAUGGACUAUUCAUGUAAGAAAUAAAGUAUCCUAUAUUGUUCUGUAUUCUACAAAUUAAAAGCAUGAGGGCCCUGCCCAAUUGAGUUAUCUUUAAGAGAUUCUGCAUACAUGAAUGCUUUAAAUGUUCAAUAUGGAAUGAUAAAGGAUUCUUAAUUGCAAAUCACCUGCUUGAUGGAAAUGAGUACAAAACUUUCUUUAAUUAAAUAUUCAAAUACAAAUUUGAGGAGAUUUUUGCAAAGAUCAGUUUUAUUUACGAAGUUUGUAUUCUCCAUCCAUUCAUCCAAUGGUACAUGUAACAUGAAGUAUGCAUUUAACAAUUGAUGUGAAUUGCACAGUUUACAAACACACACUUAUUGUAUUUAUAUUUGAGAUAAUUUAGGUGCACUGUUAGAAAUUUUCUUAAAGUACAGUAAA